CCCCUAUCUGCAGAGCAGUGAAGUGAAGCCUGAGCGUCGGAUAUGAAGCGUCUGUGCAGAGAGCUGCUGAUUAUUCGUACUUGAGCGGGACUUCAUGGACGAGCCUGGGACAUGGCUCUGCGACUCACACUGCCCCAGCGCAUAACCACGCUGUCUCUGGUUUUACUUUUGCACCACACCGUAGCUGCAGCCAGCGGAGGGAGGAAAGGGAACGCCGAGAAAUGCGGGUACAAGGGAAUUCAGUCCAGUUCAGACGAAAGUGGACGCAAGCUCGUCACCUAUCGAAAUGACAACUGCUCUCUGAACUGGAACCCGUGGGGGAAACAUGCCAUCCAUGAAGUGAACAAUAUCAGCUUCACUCAUCUGUCCUGUGAUAACCAGGCAGCCGUGGUAGUCCACUGGAUGCCAAGUCCCCUCGGUAUUGAACAUGUAAAGGGGUUUCGUGUUUAUCUGGAGGACAAGAAUCCGGAGGGGAAGCAGUGCCAACACAUGAUCCUGAAGGACCCUCGACAACUCAAUUUCUCCUUCAAGAAUGUUAAGCUGAGCUCGCAGCCUUUCGUUGGUUUGGCCUUCGAAAUGGACUACAUGGUCAGGAUAGUGCCAUUUCCCACUUUCAUGAACGACAGCUUCUUCCCUCCUUCCUUCCUGCACACUAACAGUUGCGAAGUGCUUCUUGGCCCAGACAACCUCGUCUGCAAACCAUUCUGGAAGCCCAAGAUGCUCAACGUCUCCCAGCUCGGCUCCAAUCUGCAUGUGGUUUUCGAUCACGCUCCUCCCACCUUUGGCUUCAACACCUACUUCCUGUAUUACAAGCUUCGACAGGAGAGCCACUUCAAACUCAAACGCUGCAAACCGGAGCCGAAUGGCCCUAAAACAACAUGCAUUCUGCAAGAUGUUACUCCAGGAACAUAUGCAAUAGAGCUCCGUGAUGACAGUAACAACACCAGGAGACAGACUCAGUAUCAUGUGAGCCAAGUGCAUUCUCCGUGGGCUGGACCCAUCCGUGCCAUGGCCAUCACCGUGCCUCUGGUUAUUAUGUCUGCCUUCGCCACUCUCUUUACCGUCAUGUGCCGCAAGAAACAGCAAGAGAACAUCUACUCCCACCUGGAUGAAGAGAGCUCCGAGUCGUCCUCUCACACCACAGCCUUGAGCACAGAGAGACCGUGGCCUCGGCCCAAAGUCUUCAUCUGCUACUCCACUAAAGACUGCCCCAAACAUCUUGCUGUCAUUCAGAGCUUUGCCUUCUUCCUGCAGGAUUUCUGUGGCUGUGCGGUGGCUCUGGAUCUUUGGGAGCAUCUGGAAAUCUGUAAGGAAGGUCAGAUGUCAUGGUUGAGCCGGCACAUCGAUGAGGCUCACUUCCUCAUCACCAUCUGCUCCAAAGGCUUUAAAUACUUUGUAGAGAAAAGGCAUCGCAAAGGCAAGGCCACAUCCAAGGAGAAAAACAAAGAGGUGGCUAUACCAGACCUGAGCAGCAACGACCUCUUUGUUGUAGCUGCUGCCAUGAUCAGUGAGAAGCUGCGCGAGACACAGCAGGGCUCAGGUGACCUCUCGCGCUUCAUGGCCGUCUACUUUGACUACUCACGUGAGAGUGAUGUGCCCGCCUCGCUGGCUCUGGCGCCCCACUUCAAGCUGAUGGACCAGCUGCCAGAGCUGUUGGCACGGCUGCACUCGCGUCAGCUUGGCAUACCCGCCGUCAGCAAGCGCAACUAUUUCCGCAGCAAGGCGGGCCGCUCGCUUUACGUAGCCAUCUGUAACAUGCAUCAGCACAUCGCCCAUGAACCCGACUGGUUUGAGCGACAGCUCAUGCCUCCUGUUUCUGCUCCUGUCCCUCACAAGCGCGAGAAGCCUGACUCAGGGCUCGCGCUCAAUGAGGUGGUGCUGAAGCGGCCUUCCGAGAGUGAGCGCCCCAUCAUGAACAUUCUCAUCCCACCCACGAUGCCAAAUCCAGGCACUUUCUUGCUCUCUGGCAUAGCCUCGAGUUCAGCGCAGGAGGAAAUUGGGGAAAGUUCAUCACAGUCAUCAUCAGUUCAGGAGGCAAGUGCAUUACUGAGGCCUUUGUGCCACACAGAUGGCUCAGCGAGCCCUCCAGAAAUGCCCAGAGACUCUGGAAUCUACGAUUCAUCAGUGCCAUCUUCAGAGCUGUCAAUCCCACUGAUGGACGGACUUUCACCAGACCUGGCAGACUCGUCCUCCUUGACGGAAAGUGUGUCUUCUUCCUCUGGACUAGGUGAUGAGGAACCGCCUGCUGUUAGCUCACUACAUUGCACCACACCCACCAUCUGCAAGGCAGAGCUUCAUCACAUUGUGGCGCCAAGUGAAGGACUUGUAGCACCAGCCUCCCCCUAGUGGCCUUUUUCUGGAUGCGCAUCGCCACUUUACUGCCUUCUUUAUCACAUGACUCAAGUUGCCAACAAGCCUUAUUUCUUGCGAGUCCCCCUUAGACAUGAUGAAGCCUUUGGUUUCCUUUGUGGAGAUAUCUGGAGACGUAGAUGAAUUUGUCCUGGACAAAUGUACAGUACUCUGAGAAGGGGACCGCUGUCUAACCAAAGCAGCUGUGAACUCUCGAGUCCAGCCUUUUUUGUUAGUUGUAGCACAAAGCAUUACAGUAGUUAGUCCAUAAAACUGGGUUUUAUCAGAACAAUCAAAUAACCAACUGCUCUUUACCACAUCAUCAGAUGGAGUUUACAGCACCAGGAGCAUGUGGGGACAACCGUAUUAUUAUGAGUGUGGAACUUGGCAAACUUAAACAAAAAAAGCUAUUUCAGUUUUAUUUAUUGAUUGAUAUUAACUUUUAUCAUCAUUGGUUCGUAGAUGACCCACAGAUGUUUUAAUUACUUUUGGUCAGUUUUGUAUUGGUCUUCCUCCGUUUUUUUUUUUUUUUUUUUUUUUUUUUUGUAAAACAGUUUUACUAAGAACUAAUUACAUACAUGAUAUAUUGCUUUCAUCUGCCAUUUGAAUUUCAGAGCAAAAGACAUGCAUUAAUCAGCCUUAAUUAAUGAAUUAAUUGCUGACAAAGGGAACAGGAAAUAAUUGACAAGUAUCAGAACUGUCGAUUUGCAGAAAUUUUUAUUUUUUUGUACAGUUCUUCUUAGAGUAAUAGAAGUGAUUUCUACAUUAUAUAUGAACUUUGUACUGUUUUAUAGUACUUUAAUGUAGGAAAUGUGUUAAUAAAACUAAAUUUUUUAUGAUAAA